AUGGCGAAGGCGCGCGUGAAUCUUCGCAUCGGGGUCGUGCAACUCGCACCCAAGCUGGGUCAAGUCCAAGCAAACAUUGCAAAGGCUCGAGAGUUUUGCAGAAAAAUCUCUCCGCGGUCUGUGGAUCUGCUAUGUUUCCCUGAGAUGGCAUUCACUGGAUAUGUCUUUGAGAAUGCCUCUGCGAUUUCACCACAUCUCGAGCUUCCACGGACAGGCCCGACAUCACUCUUCUGCUCUGAGUGGGCUAAGAAGCUCGAGUGCUAUAUCAUGGCCGGAUACCCAGAGAGGCUUGAAAGUCGGGAAUUGGAGGAAAUACAACGGGCAGCAAAGGAGUCAAGGGACCAUCCUCUAGAAACGCCAGAUGGCAAAAAGAUCGAACAAGUAGGAGCCAACAGCGCUGUAAUCUACGGCCCCGAUGGCUCUUGGGUUGGAGGAUAUCGCAAGACCAACCUGUUUGAAACGGAUCUUACCUGGGCGAAACCUGGAACCGGUUUUGCAACAUUUGUUCUCCCUUCACCCAUGCAAACGGUGUCUCUCGGUAUCUGCAUGGAUCUAAACCCCCAAACCGAGGCAUGGACUACUGAAAAAGGACCUUAUGAACUCGCCGACUAUGCUAAAUCCAAAAACGCCAAUAUCCUCGUCCUGCUGAACGCGUGGUUGGAUUCCAAGAAAGAGGUUGAAGAGGCUUCCGACUGGCAAACAUUAAAUUACUGGGCAGCUCGCACGCGACCGCUCUGGACAGACGGCAAAGGCGACAAGAUAGAUGACCCCGAGCAAGAGAACCCUGAGGAACAUGGACACGAAAUGGUUGUUGUAGUGUGUAAUCGAAGCGGGGGAGAGAAUGGGAAACUAUUUGCCGGAACCUCUGCAAUCUUUAGCAUGACCCAAGGUUCCGGGCGACCAAAGCUCCUCGAUAUGAUGGAAAGGCAAGAAGAAGGAGUGCGAAUAUGGAACAUUAAGAUCCAUGAAUCAUCACCUUAG